UGUUUCCUUUUGCAGCCUGUAACGCUUUGACAACAUGAAUACACAGAGAAACUCUCCACCUAUUAGAACAAUCCAACCCCAACCCAUUUCUUCUCCCUCCCUCUCUCUCUCUCUCUCUCUCUCUCUCUCUCUCUCAAUUUCAAUUUCAACUUCUUCACCCCACAAUUCUACUCCUUCACCUGCUCCCACUUUCAUUCUCUUUUCCACAAUCUGUUAGCAUAUCACUCAAGAUCCUCCUGAGUGCGGCGGCCCUUGAUGUGAUAGUUGAUAUUGCGGAGUAAGUUCUUGUUGGUUUUGCAAAUGCUAAACUUUUCUAGGCCGAGAAAUCAGCCAAGGGCAGCCAGAUCUAUGUCAUUAGGCGGUAUGGACUAUGUGGAUCCAAAAAGGAAGGGAAAUUUUAUCGGGAAGGUUUUUCUUCUUGUAGCAUUAACGGCAUUAUGUAUUUUGGUGAUCAAGAGAUCUCCGUCUUUCACUACUCCUAGUCCGUUUUCUGUCCAUGAGCCUGGUGUCACUCAUGUUUUAGUGACGGGAGGUGCUGGCUAUAUCGGUUCACAUGCUACCUUACGUCUUCUGAAGGAAUCUUAUAGAGUUACCAUAGUGGAUAAUCUGUCGCGUGGAAAUUUGGGUGCCGUUAGGGUUCUUCAAAGCUUAUUUCCAGAACCUGGAAGGCUUCAAUUUAUAUAUGCUGAUUUGGGAGAUGCAAAAUCCGUUGAUAAAAUAUUUUCAGAGAAUAAGUUUGAUGCUGUGAUGCACUUUGCAGCUGUUGCAUAUGUCGGAGAAAGUACACUUUACCCUCUUAAGUAUUAUCAUAAUAUUACAUCAAAUACCUUGGUGGUAUUGGAGUCUAUGGCUAAAUAUAAUGUGAAGACAUUUAUAUAUUCAAGUACAUGCGCAACAUACGGGGAACCUGAAAAGAUGCCAAUUACAGAAGUAACUGAACAGAAACCAAUCAAUCCAUAUGGAAAAGCUAAGAAGAUGGCAGAAGAUAUCAUCCUUGAUUUUUCUAAAAAUUCCAAGAUGGCUGUAAUGAUUCUAAGAUAUUUCAAUGUGAUUGGAUCAGACCCUGAAGGGAGAUUAGGCGAGGCGCCAAGACCUGAACUUCGGGAACAUGGUCGAAUUUCAGGUGCCUGCUUCGAUGCAGCUCGCGGUAUUACACAAGGCUUAAAGGUUACAGGAACAGAUUACAACACACCCGACGGAACAUGCAUUCGAGAUUAUAUCGAUGUAACCGACCUUGUUGAUGCUCAUGUCAAAGCUCUCGAAAAGGCAAGACCUGGUAAAGUUGGGAUCUACAACGUUGGUACAGGAAAAGGUAGGUCAGUUAAGGAGUUUGUGAGUGCUUGUAAAAAGGCUACAGGGGUUGACAUCAAAGUAGACUUCCUUCCGCGCCGGCCCGGCGACUACGCCGAGGUUUACAGCGACCCAACUAAGAUCAGGCAGGAACUGAACUGGACUGCACAAUACACUGACCUUGAAAGGAGCAUACAAGUUGCAUGGAAAUGGCAGAAAUCUCGCCCUAACGGUUACGGAAGUUCUUAGAGCUAUAGUGAGGGAAACAUACAUAGCAGCUGCCAUUAUAUUGCUCUCUCAUACAUGGGAUGAUGAAUUUUUGUUCUUAGGGAGUUGGUAGUUCAUUCAUUAUACUUAUUUGUAUUCAACAUAUAUAAUAAUAAUGGUUCAAUAAUAUAAUGUGCAGGCUCUUAUAUAGCUUUA